AUGCUAUCCAGGCUGUCUGUGGGUGCCCUCAAGAACGUCGGGCCCAUUGCAGGAACUUCUGCGAGGUCUGCCGCGCGCCUGCGUGUCUCACCGCAUGUCCGUUUUGCCUCUACGAAUUCUGCGUCUACGUCUGCGUUCGAGUCUUUUAUCGGUUCCCCUGUCACGUUAGCCUCUGCGACUUUGUUGACCAUUGGAUCGGUGGCCUGGUACAGUAGCCUCUACGGCACUUUACCUUUCAUAGGCGAAGUGUACGCCAACUCUCCCGCAGAAGACGGUCUCCACCCUCCGCAUUACCCGUGGCCCCACGCAGGCUUACUCGAUACGUUCGACCAUGCGAGCAUUCGCAGAGGAUACCAGGUGUAUCGUGAAGUCUGCGCUGCUUGUCACUCACUGGACCGAAUUGCUUGGCGCAAUCUGGUAGGCGUUUCCCAUAAUGUGGAUGAAACGAAAGCUAUGGCCGAGGCUGUUGAGUACGAAGAUGGCCCAAACGACGAGGGUGAAAUGUUUCAGAGACCUGGAAAGCUGUCCGACUAUAUGCCUCCCCCGUAUCCCAAUGAGGAAGCUGCUCGUGCUAGUAACGGUGGGGCGCUGCCUCCUGAUCUAAGUUUGAUUGUGAAGGCUCGUCAUGGUGGUGCGGAUUACAUCUUUUCUCUUCUUACUGGUUAUAGAGAUCCUCCGGCCGGGUUCGACAUCCGUGAGGGCAUGAACUACAAUCCUUAUUUUCCCGGUAAUGCUAUUGCCAUGGCCCGUCUGUUGUUCGAUGGUAUACUUGAGUAUGACGAUGGUACCCCUGCAACGACCUCACAAAUGGCGAAGGACGUUGUCACGUUCUUGAACUGGGCUGCCGAGCCUGAACACGAUGAGCGGAAGAAGAUUGGCCUCAAGGCCGUUAUCCUUUUCUCAGCGUUGACCGCCGUGAGCCUGUAUGUCAAGCGAUUCAAGUGGAUUCCCGUCAAAACUAGGAAGAUCGUCUAUCAUCCACCGGCAGAUAAGACUCAUUAG